UUUUCUCAAACCUUGAACUCAAACCCCCCAGGCCUGCAAAUCCCUUAUCCUAAAACUGGUACUUGCGCCUUCUUCUCCAAGUUCGAAGUUGGACCAUAGUCUCUUGCCCCCUUCUUCUCCGUCUCCUUUUCUGGCGACCGGCGACUGAGGGGGAUAGUCCUAACAAUGUCCUAACAAUCAGUACCCCUCUUGCGCCCUUCCUCUUCCCAUCGGUUGCUGAAAACUCCAUCGAAUGCGGUUGCUGAGGCGGGAAGGCGACUUACUGCUCCUUUUCUCCGGCGAGUCACCAUCUGAGGCGAGUUGAGCCCCUGCCCCGGUGUCCCUUCUUCUCCGUCUCCAUUCGGUCAGCGAGUUUAUCUCUUCUCUGAAUCUUACAACACCAUGGACGACUUUUGCACCCCGCAUUCUUAUUUUUGGUAGAAUUUUGCACCUUGCCUUCACAGAAUAACAAUGUUGCCCACCUCUAUAAGCAGUUAUCCACCAGGCUGAUGGUUGCCCUGCUUGUCUUCAACGCCAUUGAAAGCCCAGUGAUCAGUCCAAACGUGUAGUUCCCCCCAAGAGACAGCCUCGCAAAAGGUAUGCCCCCUCACUCAGCAACCCAACCUUCAGGGCACACUGAGAUGGUAUAGUCCCCGUAAACUUGUUCCAGUGAUAUCAUCCUUGCGACCGGAUUUCACUUGCUCGAAUCACCAGGUUUUGAAGAGGGCGAGUUGAGUUAAAGACCUGGUUUUCCAACGAGAAGUGAAGGAAGUGGGGAGCUUCCUUUAUAUACGGUGUCGUAGAAGUGAUUAGCAAAUAGAUGAUUGGUCAUUUCAGAACCUUGGAGAACAAAAUUAUUUCAUCAUUGAUUUUGUCAAAGAAUUUGUUUUCAAACAUUUCUCAGAAAAUCUCCCAGGACUCAGAAACUCUUCCAUACUUUUAUAGCAGCCUCAUAGACCACUAUCUGCAACUGAAAUCCCUGCUUCUCGCCAAAGUCAUCCAUGCCCAAUUGAUUAAAAUUGGCUUCAAUAGACAUACUUUUCUGGGUAAUCGCUUUCUGGAUCUCUACUCCAAGCUGGGCACUCUUAAUGAUGCUCUGCAAGUAUUUGACGACAUUCCCAACAAGAAUUCUUUCACAUGGAACAUUUUGCUGAUGGCCUUCGUCAAAUUUGGGCAUCUCGAUAAUGCAAAAAAUGUGUUUUAUAAUAUGCCCAAUAGAGAUGUUGUCAGCUGGAAUUCAAUGAUUUCGGGUUAUGCUUCCAAAGGUCUUGUGGAAAGUGUACUGGGCGUUUUCUCAGAAAUGCAAAGAGGAGUUGUGGAACCAACUCCAUUCACAUUCUCUAUUGUGAUGUCUUGUGUAUGGUCUUCUCAGCAUGCUAAGGAAAUCCAUGGGAACAUCAUUCGGAGUGGCUUGUGUUUGUCGAAUAUAGUGCUCGGUAAUACUUUGAUUAAUAUGUAUGGGAGGCUUGGUCUAGUUGAACAUGCUUUUAGUGUGUUUCUUAUGAUGGAGGAAUUAGAUGUUAUUUCUUGGAAUUCUUUGAUUUUGGGGUGUGAUAAGUCUGGCUUUGGAGACUUAGCAUUGGAUCAGUUCUGUUUGAUGCUUUCGAAUGGGUAUUCACCUGAUCAUUUCACAAUGUCAAUGGUGAUAUCCAUUUGUUCUAACUUGGGUUGUUUGGUGAAGGGUAAGCAAGUUUUUGCACUGUGUAUCAAGAUGGGGUUUCUUUCUAAUUCUAUAGUUUUAAGUGCCACUAUUGACUUGUUUUCCAAAUGCAACAAGGUGGAUGAUUCAGUUCGGCUCUUUACUGAGGUGCAUAGAUGGAACUCAACAGUUUGCAAUACGAUGAUUUCCAGUUAUGCAAGACAUGGGCUUGCUGAGGAAGCUCUUCAGCUGUUUGUGCUGACCUUGAGAGAGGACGUCAGGCCAACAGAGUUCACGCUCAGUGCUAUUCUAAGCUCUGCUUCAUUCUUUUUUCUAGCAGAACUGGGAACUCAAAUUCAUGCUUUGGUUCUUAAAAUUGGGUUGGAGUUUGACACAAUUGUCGCUUGUUCACUUAUGGACAUGUAUGCCAAAUCGGGACUAGUUGACUCUGGCAUGAAAAUAUUUUUGAAUAUGGGUAUUAGAGACUUGGUGUCUUGGAAUACUAUGUUAAUGGGUUUUGCUCAAAAUGGACGUGGAGUUGAAGCCCUAACUCUUUUUGAGGAACUAAUAAUGAGUGGCCUAUCACCAGACCGAAUAACUUUAGCCGGGAUUCUAUUGGCUUGCAGCAAUGGGGGAUUUUGUGAUGAAGGGAUGCGUAUUUUUUCGUCUAUGUUGGACAAGUAUAGAGUUAUUCCCCUGGUUGAGCAUUAUGCUUGUAUGGUAGAGAUGAUGUGUCGGGCAGGUAAACUCACAAAGGCAAUGGAGAUGAUAGAAACAAUGCCUCAUGAGCCUAGUGCUUUAGUUUGGGGAUUACUUCUACGUGCUUGUGGGAUUCAUGGAGACAUAACAGUCAUGGAAAGAGUUGCAGAAAGGAUGCUGGAGUUAGAACUUCAGUCCUCUCUACCUUACUUGGUUUUGGCUCGGAUAUAUGGAAUUAAGGGCAGAUGGGAGAGUGUAGCUCGAGUGAGGAAAGCCAUGAAAGAUAGAGGUGUUAAGAAGGCGAGGGGAUGUAGUUGGAUUGAAAUUAAGAACCGUGUAUUUGUUUGCAAUGCAAACCAUAUGCUGCAUUGUGAAAGUAAACACAUUCAUGCAAUACUGGCAUUAAUGUUCCAAGAUAUAAGCAUUGAGGGGUGUGUCCAUCGAGAACAUGAUGAAGUGACUAAGGAUGGAUGGGAAGAGUAAACCACUGAAGUCUACCGGACAUACAUGAUUAUCAGUACUCCAUCUACGAUUUACUUUCUAAUGCAAGAUAACUGGUACACUAGGGUGAAAACUUAUGUGUCAUUAUGUUGUGGUAGAUCCAAGCUUGACAAGUUACUUUUGGCUCAAUCCAUUGCUAUGUGGACGUUCACAGUAUUUUCAUUAGCUGCAUUGCGGUGGACUUCAUGAGUUUUACUUUGGUUCAAACAAACCUAAUUUACCUGGUUCGAUAAUUCUAGAGGAGGUGUUGAAAUUCGAACCAACUAUUGGCUCUUUUAUUUUUGAUUUGGGAUCACAACGUGACAUCAACAUUCCUUUGAGUCAGGAUUGUGUUGCAAUGGUACAGGACACAAUGUGGCGACUUUUAGUAGGGGGCACGCUUGGUCCAACGGUAAGGUACGAAUGUUGCGACUGGUGGUCAAGCGGUUGAAACAACCUCUCAACAUUCUCGGGUAAGGCUGCAUAGUUCUUGCCCCCGGACCUUGUACAUGCGGGAGCCUCGUGCACCGAAUCAUCUUGGUAAUGAAUGGUUCCACUUGAGUCCACCUGCAUAGAUCAUUUAUGAAGGUGGGCUUCAUUUAUGAAGCCAGAAAAAUGAGCGUAUUAUCAAAAAAUCCUUUGGUGUGACAACAUGAAAAGAAGACUUAUGAUAUAAUUGUUAAGCAACUAGGAGGGGGGGAUUCAAGGACAUGUGACUCGCACAACUGGAUAAAGACCUUUAAAGUGCUUGAACUUCAGAUUGUGGAGUUCAUUGCAGUUUUAUAGAGGACAAGCAAUGAAGUUGCUGAGAAAGAGUUGGUUAACUCUGGUGCCAUCCAAAGAAUUUUAGAUCUAUUCUUUCAGUAAUACAAGCAGAUGAGGAGAGCAGAAAGUUGAUCUUCUCAGAAAAGGAAGCCUUUUGGUCAAAGUUUUCUCCGAAUGUAAAAGUAGGGGACAUUUUUGAGGCAAGGGUGGGUUCUAUUGAAGAUUAUGGUGCCUUUGUUCACCUUCUCUUCCCUGAUGAGAAAAGUCUAGAGUUACUUUAUCGAUCAAGCAGUUGGAGGAUGAUCCUCUAUUAGAGACAUUGGAUAAAGUAAUUCCUCAGGAUGGUCCAUCUGAGUCUGACAAUUCAGGCAUUUCUGGCAAUUUGAAAAUUGAACCUUUACCUGGUCUUGAUAUUAUCUGUGGAGAGCUACUUCAAGAAGAUGGCCCUUAUUGAAUUUGCCGCAUGGGAAAAGAGGCUUUAAAAAGCUGCAAGACAAUCAAAAUUUGGAAAAAGGUUGAAGACAAAUGGACUGCUGGAUAGAGGGCAGAAGAUGCCAAUACAUUGAGAGGGGGCUUUUGAUUGACUUUGGCUCUGAAAUUUGACAAGUGGCAAAUCCAGAGUGUACCCUAGCAAUCCAACGGUUGGAAUCGCCUCAUCACUACAUUUUGAACUUUCUAAUUUAGGAGAGAUCUUACUAUAUACUUUUGGAAUGGAAUUUAUUUUCUGUUUUCCUUGCAAUGAAAAGAAUAUCAGUCACCAAAGUGCAGUAAGGUAAAAUACUUCUCAGAAGAGAAUUCAAAGGGAGAGGAGGAGCAAGUCCCAUCCUUUUCCUCAUGAACUUAUUGUCCAUUUAUGGUUUCACAUUGUGAGGCAUCUUUAAUGAGAUGAAACUACUGUCAAACAAAAUUUAGCUUUUUUUUUUCCCCGUAAAGAUGCUGUAAGCAUAGCAGCUUUUUUGGGGGUGGUGGUGCUGGGAUUGGAGCUCUCUUUUCCCAUUCUAUGCGACUGCAAAGAACAGAAAAUGUAAUGAUGUCUUCCUUUCUCUGUUGAAAGUUGAAACACUGCCAAGAUAAAUUGUGAAAGAAUAUUGUUUCCUCACCUCACCCUUGCCCUUUCAGCCAAGUGAUUCUGGGCCAUUGGCUUGUUUUGUCAAAUCAUGUAUAGCUUUUUGUUAGAUGGCGAAUAAUCAUAGGAUAAAAACACUCACUAGAGUCAGGACCUGGCUAUGUCUACAUAUGUAGCUUCUAUCCAUCUAUUCCAGAACUGGGUGGAAUGCUAUUCUCCUUUCAAUUUUUGUAGUUCUCUGCUGCUUGUCCAUGGUGCUUUCUUUUCUUCUUUUGAAAUAUAUCUCUUGGAAAGAAUGUGAUUUGACACAAGUAGAAGAAAGCUGUCACUAAGGUACUUUAAACCCAAAAACCAUUUUGUGAUGUGAUCAAGUAAGCUACCAUGAAUCCUAAAGGCAGCUUUUUAUCAUUUGCUAGUGUUGAUAUCAAGAAUGUUUCCAGGAAACUAAAGAUCUAUCAAGGCUAACUGAUCCGCGAAUCCCAGUAUCUAGCUAACCUUGCACAUUGAUUUUUCUAUAGUGGACUUUUCUUUCUAGAAUCCAUUUAUUUUUGGUUACCAUUAAUAAGCACUUCUUUGCAAUAUUUUGAGCUUCACCAACUGGAUCUAGAUGCUAUUUCAACUGAAGUGAGAUGAGAUUUGAUCUCCUGCAUUUAUUAUCCUAGUUGAUAAGUUCUUCCCGAGUUCCUUUCAAAUUGAGCUUAUCAUCCUAGUUAUUAAGAGUCAACAAACAUGCCAUCGAAAUACUGGAAUGGCUAUGGUUGCUCUGCAUGGUAUGAAGCUGAAUGAGACUCAGUAUAGAUGAUUACCAUGGUUAACUACAUACAUCUAUUUCGUAUUAGUAUAUCUAGAUUUUGUCCGUGUCUUUGAGGGGAAAUUUUAGAGAUUUCCUCCAUUUUAUCUAUUAACUGCAUAUGAGGUGGUGUAUUAGCUUAAUAUUUUCUAUUGCAAAAUUCAUGAUUGCAGAGUACCACACAACUUGAGUGCUUGUUUUCUUCUUGGAUAACUCUAAUUAUCUCCUAGGAUCUGAUCUAGCCCAUAAUAAUUUCCACUAUCCUAUUCUCAUUGUUCAAGGACCUGGGAAGUCCUUGUGGCAAUCAUGUAGAUAAUGAUCUUGGUGCUCAUGCAUUU